UUCGAAAGUCACUUCAGCUGAAAAUAACUUUUUAUUUUUUUUUACAUAUUUGUUGGACAACAAAUUUGAAGUGGUGGGAAAGCGGAUAAAAGCGCAACAAACUGGAAAGUUUUUGGUCAAGAAAAUUCGCCGAGCUUUUGUGGGCCAACAUGCAAAACCAGUAAACACACGGAAACCAGAAGAAGGCCAGUGAUAGUCGGUUUUGUUAAAGCGCCGCGUCAACAACGCCAAUAUUCGGGUGUACAACGAAAUUUCGUGCUAUUUUUAACUGAUUUUGCAUUGCUGUUGUGUGAGUGUUGAGGAAAUUUUUAGCUGAGUAUAAAAUUGUUAAGCACAAGCUUCGAAUAGUGAUACUGUGUUACCUCAACAGAAAAACUCUAGUGGCAGUACCGCGACAAGUGCUUACGUGACGUCAUUUACAUAUGUAGUAACAUAGCAUAGCUGAUACAUGAAAUUUAAUAUAUGUACAUAAUUAUUACAGAAGCAAUAUUGUGCGCGCUUUAAACUGUGAUUCAGUCGAGCUUUCUUUACAAAGCAAAACAAAAAAAUCAAAACAAAAGCGUCAGUGUUCUAUUCUUAGUCUUAAAUAUAAAUAUUUAAUUAAGUUAAUAAAAUGCAAGCAGAUAAAUAUCAACUGAUGCGUUGUGCGCGGACUUGUUUGCGUUUAUUCCAACCGCAACAAAUACACAAAAACAAACAACAAACACGAUUAUUAACACAAUUGGGAAACCAGCGAAAUCAGUUGAAUUUAGUUGGUGGUACCACGCUCGCCAACCCUAUAGUGAACACCAAUUUUACUGCCAGCGCUACCAGCAUUGCCGGCAUCCUUUUGCAGCAACGUUAUCAACAUGCCCACCUCCCCCGACUGCAAAGCAAUACUCACAAACGCCAUAGUAACUUCCGUCAGCCACAUACCAAUAUUUGUACACAAGCUAUAACGCCGUUACGCGGCAAAUAUCCAACCGAUACGGCCCAUGAGCCUUUGUGUUCGGAACGCGCGCGCGAAUUGGUCUACAAUUUAAAGGAUUCGGAGCGUGAAGCUAUAAAGAAAGCGUUAGCGAAGUACGAUUCUGAUCGCCAACGGGCGGGCUAUGAAGCGGCCAAGGCUCCACCUCCCACAAUGUCGGAUUUACGGCGAAUUUGCAUAGUGAACGCGGUGCCAUUUAUCGCUUUUGGCUUUCUGGACAAUUUCGUCAUGAUAGUUGCGGGCGACUCAAUCGAAAGCAUCUUUGGCGCCUUCAUGUGCAUCUCAACGAUGGCAGCCGCUGGUCUCGGCAACACUGUAAGCGAUAUACUUGGCAUCGGUUCGGCGUACUAUGUGGAACGUGGUUGCGAAAUGAUGGGCUUCCGCCUACCCGACUUGACGCCAGUUCAAAUGGAAAUGAAAUCCAGUCGGCACUCAGCCAAUUUGGGUCGCAUUGUUGGCAUAACAAUCGGUUGUCUCUUAGGUAUGGUUCCUCUACUCUUUAUGAAGAAAAAAGAUCCAAGUGAAGUUGCCGCUGCAAAAUCCGAAAAGUGUUAAGGCUCCAAAUUCUGCGUUUAAAUUUUUUUUUAAUUUCCGUUUCAAAUUUAUAUUAAGUUUAAAUAUACAUACGUGUGUAUAUAUAGAUAUGUGCUUUAUUUUAUUCGCAUAAAAUUGGUAUAAGAAGAUUUGUUUUAAAUAAUUUUAAAGGUUAGAAUUGAUUUUAGCAAUUGGUGUGACUCAGACUCAGAAGCAUAUAUAGUUAAUUAUGUCAACGAAAAAUAGUUCAAUAACAUUAAAAUACUGAUUCUGAUUUUUUUUAUUUUUAAUUCUACUUUUUACUUUUAAAUUAGUAUACAUAGUACAUGGUUUAUGUAUUUAGGUGUAUGAUUUUCUACGUUUAUUAUGUGCGAUUGACUUUUUUGUCUAAUAUACUUUUUUUAACAAUAUUGUUUUCAAAUUUUAAGCGAAAAUAUAUGUGUUAUUUUUAAGAAGAAUU